GCUGAUGAGCCUUGCGGUUUCGAGCAGGUUUUAAGAAAUGGAGAAAGUGUGUUUGUACGGGAAAAUUCUUUUGCGUCUUUUACUAUGCGCGUAAAUAGUAUUAGUUUUCGUGAUUUUAUUGAUAGUCAACAUCUACGGUGAAUGAAAAGGAGUGUUCGAGAUCUUUUAAGAGAUAAACUAAAUUAAAAAUUCAUCAACAAUGAGAAGAAAACCAGGAGUUGGAGCAAUCCAAAAACAAAAAUAUGAACAAGAACGGUAUAAAGACAAAGGAACAGAGCUUCAAGAAAAUCAAUUCGAGCAGAUGACAAAGCAAAUGGAAACUUUUCGAAUAAAUUUGGAAGAGUUUGCCUCAAAGCACAAGAAUGAAAUAAAGAAAAAUGCGCAAUUCCGACGACAAUUUACGGAAAUGUGUGCUUCUAUAGGUGUUGAUCCAUUAGCAUCAGGUAAAGGCUUUUGGUCUGUAUUAGGUAUUGGUGAUUUCUACUAUGAACUUGGAAUUCAAAUUGUUGAAGUCUGUCUUGCAACUAAUUACAAAAAUGGAGGCUUGAUAUCGCUGGAUGAAUUAAGAGAACGAUUAAUUCAAGCAAGAGGACGCCGUAAAGAACAUCAAGAAAUAACAAAUGAAGAUUUGCUUGCUUCAGCUAGAAAACUUAAAAUACUCGGUAAUGGAUUCUCUGUGGUGCCCAUCAGUAAAGGCAAAUACUUAGUUCAGUCUAUACCUGGAGAGUUGAGCAUGGAUCACACUGCAGUUUUACAGCAAACAAAUAAUAAUGGCAGUGCCUUCAUUUCAAAAUCAUUGUUGCAAUCAGAGUUAAAAUGGGAGAGUGAAAGAGCUCAAAAAGCUCUUGAUCAUAUGGUCAAAGAGGGUCUUGCUUGGAUUGAUAAUCAAAAUGAAGGGGAACCUUUAUACUGGUUCCCAAGUUUGUUUACUGCUUGUAUUGCUUCAAAAACGUAAAAAUCUACCAUUGAAUAGUUUGCAUUCAAUAGUUUUUGUUAAUAAAGUUCAAAAGAUUUUUUAUUACAUUGUUGAAAUAGAAUUUGUACUUUUUUAAGUGAAAUAAACGCGAAUAAAUUAGUUAAAGCUUUGUAAGAAAAGGGUAUAUCAUAAAAAAUACUGUCAGAUAACAAAAAUAUUUU